AUGGCACUGAAGCUGAACAGCACAAACUUGUCCCAAAUCGCGGGCGACCAGGUCAAGGUCCCUACCUACCAGCGCGGUGGCGCUGUCAAGGAGGGCAUUGUCCACAUCGGUGUAGGUGGUUUCCACCGCGCCCACCUGGCUGUCUAUGUCGAUAAGUUGAUGCAAAACCACGGCAUGACCGACUACGCCAUUUGUGGUGUUGGUCUACAGCCAUUCGACGCUACCAUGCGUGACGUUUUGAACUCUCAAGAUCAUCUCUACACUGUUAUCGAGCGUUCCGCCAAGGGAAGCCUCGCCAACGUCGUGGGAAGCAUCAAUUCCUACCUCUUUGCCCCUGAUGACCGGGAGGCUGUCAUUGCCAAGAUGGCUCACCCAGAAACUCACAUUGUGUCCCUCACCAUCACCGAGAGCGGCUACUACUAUAACGAGAACUCCCACGAGCUGCAGAGCGAGCACCCCGACAUUCAGCACGAUAUCGACCCAGCCAACGAGAAGUCCCCCCGUACAACCUUCGGUUUCCUCUACGCUGCCCUUGCCCGCCGUCACCAGCAAGGCCUCAAGCCCUUCACCGUCAUGUCCUGCGACAACAUGCAGAAGAACGGCUCUAUCACACGUCACAUGCUUGAGUCCUUUGCUCGUCUCCGCAACCCGGAGAUUGCUCAGUGGAUUGCUGAGAAGGGCGCCUUCCCCAACGCCAUGGUUGACCGAAUCACUCCUCAAACUUCUGCCAAUGAUAAGACCACACUCGCAAGUGACUUUGCCAUUGAGGAUGCUUGGCCCGUUGUGACCGAGCCCUUCAUGCAGUGGGUCAUUGAGGACAAGUUCUCAGACGGUCGUCCCCAGUUUGAGAAGGUCGGCGUCCAGGUCGUGAACAACGUCCACGAUGUUGAACAGUUCGAGAAGCACAAGCUGCGUCUGCUUAACGGCAGCCACUCGGCCAUUGGAUACCCUGGCCAGCUCGCUGGCUUCCAAUACGUACACGAAGUCAUGGAGCACCCACUGUACAGCAAGUUUGUUUGGCAGAUGAUGCAAGAAGAGGUCAAGCCUCUCCUGCCCGACAUUCCCGGUGUGAACAUCGACGAAUACUGCAAAACCCUUGUUGAGCGAUUCUCCAACCCCACAAUCAUGGAUCAGCUGCCUCGUGUCAGUCUUAAUGCCUCUGGCAAGAUCCCCCAGUUCAUCAUGCCUUCCAUUGCCGAAGCCAUCUGGGUGACCAAGCCUUUCCGUCGCCUGUGCUUUGUCGCUGCCGCUUGGUUCCGAUACAUCCUCGGUGUUGAUGACAAUGGCAACACCUUCAAGGUCGAGGACCCCAUGUUCGAGGAGCUUGAGGCCAAGGCCCGCGCUGGAGGUACCAAGCCCCACGAACUGCUUUCUAUUAAGAACCUGUUCGGUGAUGACUUGCGUAAUGACAAGCGUUUCAUUGACGAGAUUACCAAAGCCAUGGAGGACAUCUCCCGUGAUGGUAUCAUGAAGACCAUGCCCAAGUACGUUGACUAA